AUGGCAGCUCCAACACAAACCAAAGACAUGAUAACCUGCCACGUCCUUGACCAGACCCGCGGCCAACCAGCGCGGGGUAUGCGCGUACGCCUGGAGCUGACGCCCUCGACGUCCUCAUUUGCGCCAAACUCGUCAUCGUCGCCGUCUUCUUCAAACCUCAAUAACAACAACGCCGCCACCACUGCCAAUAAUGAAGGCCCAUCACCCCCCGCCCCUACGGCAACACUUCACCAUCACCACCACCACCACCAGUCAGCGCCGGCAAAGACAUUCGAGUCCCAGACAGACGAAGACGGCCGCGUCAAGACCUGGUUGCCAUACAGCGCCGAUAACGACAGCGGCGAGGUCCCUGUCUACACCCUCGACGACGUCUUGGGGGAGCUGGCCGCUGCUGGCAAGAGCAGGUGGACCCUGAGGUUCGACACGGGAUCCUACUUCGGGGCCGGCAACACCUUCUUCCCCGAGGUCGCUGUCGUUUUCGAGGUACAGCCGGGCCAGAAUUACCAUGUCCCGCUAUUGCUGAGUCCUUAUGGGUACAGCACGUAUCGUGGAAGCUAA